UGCUGUAGGGAGCAGGGUUUCUACCCAGGGGGACUUCAUGAGAACCAACUUCAACAGGCCCUACAAAAACAGACGAGAGGGAAGAGAGGAGCCCAGGGCAGGUGGCCUUUCCAUGUAUGUACCGGGAACUCCCAGCCUCAGAUAGACACAGCAGGAAGGGCUCUGAGGCUGCAAGACUGGGUAAGACGGGAGGAGAGGGAGCAGCCCUCACCACCAGUGGAUGUGGCUCCACCCUAACCACCUCAGGGCCAUGGGGAGCCGCGGUCCCAGUGGGCUGCCCCUAGAGCAGGCCUCCUACAUGGUUCUGCUACUACUGCUGGGGACAAGCCACCAAGACCCAGGGACCUGGAGCUUCUUCCUCUGGCUGCAGAGGAUGCAGGCUCUGGAGAGGGAACAAGAUGCCCUGUGGCAGGGGCUGAAGCUGCUGGAGCAUGGCCAGGUCUGGCUCGAGGGCUGUCUGAGGGAGGCACAGCAAAAGCAGCUCCGUCUGGGGGACCUUGGUGAGAAUUUUCUAACAGAUUCAGAACCUAGUGGCCCUUAGUUAGGCCAGAUUCAAAAGGUGAACAUCGGUUUGCAGAAUCUGAUUCAGGGGAAGUGAAUAUCCUCCCCUGGUCUCCCCAUGUCCCUUGAACAGGCUAGUUCCUGCGCCAGCCAGGACUGGCAGGGAAGGCCAAGGAAGCAGAACUUGUGGCAGCAACAGGUAAACUGGAGGGGAGGGGGUUGGGCAGAGCACAGAUGCCCAAACUGUUUCUCUCCAGGGGUUAUCAGGAUGGCAGAAAGAAGUCAUUCAGCCAAAAGGGGAGAUGGCUCGGCCGGGCAGCCUCAAGGGGCAGAAGCCUCCCCAGCGUCUAAAGCCUCCUCUCAUUCCACUCAGUUAGUGACAGAAGAGACUGAGUCAGAACCCCCAGCUUCCUUAUUCUGCCUCUUGAUUCAACAGCUAAAUGGCUCCAGGGCGUGGGUCAACUGAAGUCCAAACAUCUUGGUGUAAAA